UUGUCAUUCAUUUCCCUCUUUCAUUGCGUUCAUAUUCUAUAUGCUCUUGUUUCAUUCCAUCGAACCAAGUACGUAGUUGUGGAUUUAUGUAUGCUGCAAUAUCUUCUUCAAAAUCCAUUGGACGAUGAGACAUAUUAUGAACUUAUGGACGAGCAUAAAAUGACCAUACUUAGUGAGAACAUUGAUGAAAUCGGCUGGGCAUCCAGCGGUAGAGGCUGUAGAGCUAAGCUUGCAGAGAACAGAUUGCACGAGAAUUAAAAAAAUCAUGUUGAUUGGCGAAGUGUUUAGCCCCGACGAGAAUACACAGCCUUCAACUUGCACUCCGGGGAGAAAUCUAUUGCUUUUAUUGUCGACACAGAAAUCUAUGAUGAUAGAUAACAAAGGGGAAAGGAAAGUGAGAAAAAGAAAUUCAAAAAUUCCGCGUAUUCCGAUGACGAGCGAGAUUGAACCGGCGAAGCUGCUUCUCCCUUACCUUCAGCGAGCCGAUGAGUUGCAGAAACACGAGCCUCUCGUCGCCUACUAUUGUCGAUUGUAUGCCAUGGACCGAGGGCUCAACAUUCCUCAGAAAGAGCGCACCAAGGCUACCAACGCCCUCCUUGUCUCGCUAAUGAAUCAGCUCGAAAAGGACAAGAAGUCAGUUAUUUUGGGACCUGAUGACCACCUACAUGUGGAAGGAUUUGCCUUGAAUGUAUUUUCCAAGGCAGACAAACAGGAUAGAGCUGGGCGAGCUGAUCUGAAAACUGCAAAAACUUUUUAUGCUGCGAGCAUUUUCUUUGAUAUCCUGAAGCAAUUUGGUGAAGUUCAGCCUGAUCUUGAGCAGAAGCACAAGUAUGCAACAUGGAAAGCAGCUGAUAUAAGGAAAGCUCUGAGCGAAGGGAGGAAGCCUCUACCAGGUCCUCCUGGUGCUGAACCAGCACCAUCGAGCGGUGAAUAUGAUCUUGAACCAAGCAGCUCUGUUGAUGCCACUCGGCCCAAUUCCUCAACAACUGCGCCAGAUUCCAGUUCAUCAUCUCACCAAUAUGAUAAAGCUAAUUUGCAGCACUCUAAUAUCUCACGACAACCUUCAAAUAUUACUCGUUCUUCUUCCUCAAAUUAUUCAACCCUGCAUCAUCACCCUAAUGACGACUACCCUUCUGACCACUUUCAUCAACCAUCUCCAUCCAAUGGCACUGAGCGUUCCAUCCAUCCUCAAUCAUAUCAUCACCAACCGUUCCAGCCAGAUUUUCAGCAGCAUUUGCCUCACUCGUACCCAAAUUUCCAUUCUUACCCUAGCUUAACUGAGAGUACAGCUCCCCCCCACUACCCUUCUUAUCAUCAAAGCCAUGGUGAUGCCUAUUCCAAUUUUUCACCCUCAAACAAUGUGAGUGUUUCAGAACCUUCACCAACUGCCGGACCAGAAUAUGAGUAUGACAGCAACUAUGAACCUCUGCCUGGGCAAAUCGCUGAAGCACAGAAAGCAGCUAGGUUUGCUGUUAGUGCUCUGGCAUUCGAUGACGUUUUUGUUGCAGUAGAUUUCCUUAAGAAAUCACUGGAAUUGUUGACAAAGCCAACAGCUAGCCACUGAUCCGCUGCAGAAAUUCUGCAAGUUACUUUAAAUGUUUUGAUAUCCAGCAGAGCGAUCGGUUGUGGUGAUUAUUUUGUUUUCAACUCAUGAAGUGAAGAAUGGGAUCAUAUGUUUGAACAGAACUCUCUAAAUUGCUGAUGAUGGAAUUAUGGAUGCUUUUAUGCAAA